AACAACUGAGUCGAUGUAGAACCGGGAACGCGUACGGAUGUAUACUCGCAACGACGUGACCAGCAUUGCAGAUUAAACUCAUAGAGCAAUAGGAGUAUAAAUAAAUAAUAAACAUAAACAUAAUAAACAUACACAUUAUAAAUAAUGAAGAAAUAUAUAAAAAUAUGUACAUAAGUAUUUGUGCUUGAGUGUAGAGGGAAGUUUAAUUUACGAAAGCUGAAUGGAAAAUGCGAAGGGAUGCUAAAACAAACAACGCAUAUUAAAUAGAUAUAUGUAUGUAUGUAGUAUAAUAAAAACAUAAAAAGUGUCGCACGAACAGGGCUUAAAUUGUGAAAAUUGCAAAAAGCACGCAAGAAAACUAUGAAAAAACGGGACCUUCAACUAAGUAAAAAAAUUACUAAAUACCAGACAACAAGUGCCCGCGAAUGAGGCUAAGUUGACGAAAAAAAAAAAAACUGUGAAGUAAAUACAUUUAAUUUAGGUGAAGUGUAUAAUUUUUCAUAUUUUCCCUACAUAUAUUACAGAAGGUAGGAAACACCGUUAGUCGCUCGCAAAUACAUACAUUUUUGUGCAUAAUAGUGAGUAGGGGGAAAAAGUACUUAGCUGGUUAUGAAAAAGGAGUGUAAUAAAAAUUUCAUACACGCAGAAUUUGGCUUGAAUAAGUCAGGUGCCUUUGCGGUUUAAACAAAACUGCACACACACACGCGAACACAUACGAAUAUACUUAGAACAGAUACUGAAUACAACGAGUGGAUUUAAGCGAGGAGGAUUGACGAGGAACGUGAAAUACAAACUAAGUGAAACGACAACGGUAAAGGAAGUGCGACCAACAGAAAUAGCAAUCUCAAAAGCAGCAGCAACAGCAGCACCAGCGACUGAGCAGCAACAGUCGCAGUAGAGCUGCUCCUUCUUAAUUAAGGCUGGUAAUAUCCGUCGCAUACACUACUCCUCAAACAAAACACACAUCUCCACUUAGCAUACAAGCACACGCAACCGUACACACACAUCCAUACAUACAUCUGUGUGCGCACUCAAAGCCACCAACCAAAUUGAAUAGGCUUUUAGGCGCAGUGACGGCCAGGCGGCAGAAGUAAAAGUACAUAGCAGCAGUGUAGGCGCUGACAACAGUAAUUCCAGAAUCCUCGUUGAAUUACGCUUCAGCUGGCUUUUGGCUGAUUCGACUGGCGGCUGGAGAACGACAGCUUAUUGGCUCAUUUUAAAGCACCUACAAGCCAGCUGAGACCGCCGCGGCACAAAGUAGGCAUUGAAUUGGCGAGACAGCAAACCCCCUGCGGCUUGUAUGCGCUUACGUGAUACCAAUACAUACAUACAUACAUACACAGAGACACAUACAUACACACCUAUUUGUACUAAAAUUUGUGUUGAGUUGAAGGAUUUUUUUUGUGCUCACUUCCGUGUACUAUUUAGUAGUGGUAGUGGCGGUAGAGCAGUCCGCCGUCAGUCAGCAUACAGCACAUAGUUGGUGUUUGUUGUUGCGUCAAGCGAUUGACUGCAGUGCAGCAGAAUUAAACAAGCAUAGACACACAAGCACGCGCACACACAAGAAAUAAAGAUCAAAAUUUGACGUGUGUUUGGCUGCAGAUUUCACAGCAAAAAAGGAAAGGCAAAAGGCUGUGCAUAGCAGUGCCAAAAUCGUUGACGCCGCUUUGAACUUCGAUCCAUAGACAGUGUGCAGAGCCAACAAGGUCUCUCGCAGCGUCAUUCAGCGGCAGUUGCCAAUUAGACGCCUACCGGUGCAAGCGCCUAAGAAAAGCUGUGAGUGGGGAAAGUUUGUGAAGAAAUAAGGAAUCCACUCAAAUGAGUUAGCUGAAAAUUGCAUGCCGAAGGUAGCUACCAAAACCAAGAGUACCACUGUCUCGGUUACAUACAUAUGCACGUAGUAGCAGCACGAAGUUUUCGCAUUGAUUGUUGCACGCCGAAAGCUUAAAAAAAGAAGCAAGAAAAAUCAACGAAAAAAUUUCAAAAAACAACCUACAAAAAAUAAGCCGAGAUAAUCCCAAUAUACCGAACGCAUUUUACGUACAUACAUACAAAAAUACAUACACAGGGUCCACCCAGCCGUCUUGCACGCCCACACUUCAGCCCACAGUGCAGUGCUGCUAAGAACACGUUUCGUUCGGUGGCUGACCUACGUUCGCGUGCACCCAAACAACCAAAGUGCUACAACAAAGCAUUCAAAAAAAACAGCAAGCGAGUAGUAAACAAACGCAACACAGCAACAACAACAACAACAAUAGCAACAGCAGCGGCAGAAAUAAAAACAAAAACAACAACUACAAUCGGAAUCGACCGCAUCCGACGCGUUUCGUGCAGCAGCGACUGACAUCAUCCGCCGCAUCGUACUCAACGUCCUUAACGUCGUCGUUCGCAUCGCCAUCGUCAUCGUCUGCAUCUCAAGAUGACCACAGAUUUGCUGUUCCCGAAAAUUUCGGAUUGCUCAUACGUCUCGUGUUACUGCGAGGAGAAUGUUUGGAAACUUUGUGAACAAGUGAAAAAAACACGCAUCGAUGAACUUUCAAAGUGUUAUGCGGUAUUCGUGUCGAAUGAGGGGCGUACGGUGCCAUUGUGGCGCCAAAAAGCAGGACGUGGCGAUGAUCAAGUCGUGAUAUGGGACUACCAUGUCUUCUUCAUGCACAACCCAUCGCCAAAUCGCUGUUUGGUGUUUGACUUGGAUACGACGCUACCUUUUCCUACGUAUUUUCACAAGUAUGUUACAGAAACGUUCCGCUCGGAUCUGGCGCUAAGACCAGAGCAUCAUAGAUACUUCAGAGUCAUACCCGCAGAAACAUAUCUAAGUGAAUUCUCAUCAGACCGUCGACACAUGCGAAGGCCCGAUGGCAGUUGGAUAAAGCCACCGCCAUCAUAUCCGCCCAUACAGUCAAGCAGCAAUGCGCAUAGCUUGGGCGAUUUUAUCUGCAUGAAUGCGGGCAAGGGACCCGGCACCGUUUACAGCCUCUCAGAAUUUGUGCAAACCUUCUACAAGGCGCCGAAUGUGGUGGCGCAACAGAACAACAAAUAAUACCAACAAAGCUGAGCAACUAUCAAUUGAAGUGCCAGUCAAGUUAACGAGCAUAGUAGAGCAGAGUAGAGUAGAGUAGAGUCGCGUUAAAGCAUCGCAUAUUGUGCACCGGAAGUACGAAUAGUAAACGAAAGAGUUGGCACCAGAACCAGAUGUAAACGUUCGCACGUAUUUACAUACAUAUAUUUAAAUGUAUGUUUAUAAACACAUAAAUACUUAUGUAGCUGAUGCAGCUGCUCGGCGUAGGGAUAAGAACGGAGCGAAAGGAUUGGGUGGAUCAGCUGCAAUUACGUUAGCAGUAAUAAGGUGCACUCAAUGUCAACUCAAAGGUCACAUAAAUAGUAACAAGAACAACAAAAAAAGAACAUUAGCAAAAACAAAUAUGUAGCAACACAGCAGCAACAAAAAUAAUAAGAAAAAUAGAGAGGAAUAGAGAAAUAGGGUCAACAUUAUUUAAUAACAAACAUUGCAGCCACCGCAGCUAAACAUCAACGUAACGACAUUAACGUCAGCGGCGGUAUUUCCUUCAAGUUCGCACACAAAUCGCUCGUUUGCACUCGGUCAAUCAAUGCCGGCUGUAGGCGGUCAGUGGCGCAACCUGCAACAGCAAUUAACCGGCCAGUUGCAGUGUGCUGAUGCGAAUGUCACCUGAUUUGCAUACAACACAAAAUUACCCAGGGUCUGAGCCCGAACUUGGCGCAGCUGCAAAACUUUUGCCACUGCAGCGUCCCGCACCCUACGUCCUCUCACCUACGACGCGCUUAGAUCACAGGCACAGCACAUCACUUGGCUAUUUGAUUCAUUCUGAUUCGUCGAUGCUUCCGAGAUAUUCACACAAGUUGAGCUACUCGCCGCCUGCCGCCCGCCACUUUGCAGCGCUAAUGCUUUCUUUUGCAUUCCGUAAUAAAUAUUUUCUAAGUAUGUAUGUGCUAGUGCUAUGUAUGUGGCAAGGCAUAUUUUCAACUUUCAUGCAUACCAAUGUUUUUUUUUUUUGUAAUUGUUUGUUGGUAAUAUUUUGUAACGUCAUUGAUGUCAUUGGAGCGCUGCAGCCGCUUACAGCUGGCAUAUAUGUAUGUAUGAAGAAAAAAUUGAUGGAUUCAUUGGACUUAAUGACUUCGACUGAUGGCUUUUCGCUUGAUUGAAUAGCAGAGGCAGCGGCAGUCACAGAUUGAUGACCGUUAAAGGAAGAGAACAGCAGCUGAGCGUACGAUGGAAUUUCUUAUACAUAUUUAUGUAUUUAGUUUCUUCUAUUUGCAUCUGGUAAUAUUUUGGUCACAGCGCAAAAGCGGAAAGAAAAUACGUUCUGGAAUUAAAAUAUUUAUGUACUUAUAUAAGGCAGCGCUGCAAGAAGUUAAGGAAUGUGAAAACUAUUCAACGUUGCAACGGAAGACACUUCGUAAUCAAAGAUAACAAAACAUAAAAACUAUUAAAUAUUAAAUACAAAACAAAAUAAAAAUCUUAAAUCAGAAAACA